AUGAAGUUAUCAAUUCUUGCAGCAUCAGUUUGUGUUGCACGGUUGACCAUCCAUGCUUCGGCAGAGAGCAUCUCCGAGAAGGAGCUUGCUAACUUGGAACAUUGGUGGUCUUACAACAGAUCCGAAGCAGUAUACCCUUCUCCAGAGAUGGCCGGGUCUGGCGACUGGGAGUUUGCUUACAACAAGGCAGUCGAGAUGGUCUCCCAAAUGACCAAUGAAGAAAAAGUUAACCUCACCUUUGGCUACACUUCAGAAACCACUAGCUGUGGUGGUAUGAUCCCAGGUGUACCUGACCUGGGAUUCGAAGGAAUGUGUUUCCAGGAUGCUGGAAACGGUGUGCGCGGAACUGACAUGGUUAACUCUUAUGCCUCGGGUGUCCAUGUGGGUGCUGCUUGGAACAGGCAACUGGCAUAUGACCGUGCUUACUACAUGGGAGCAGAAUUCAAACGCAAAGGUGCCAAUGUCCACCUUGGUCCAGUUGUCGGUCCAGUUGGUAGGUUAGCCACAGGUGGACGUAACUGGGAAGGAUUUUCCAGUGACCCAUAUCUAACCGGAUCUUUGGCCGCUGAAACUAUCUCUGGUUUGCAAAAGAAUGUCAUUGCAUGUGUCAAACACUUCAUUGCUAACGAACAAGAAACAAACAGAAACCCCCCUCUUCGUGCCCCAGAACUCUACAACCAGUCUGUCUCCUCGAAUCUCGAUGACAAAGCCAUGCAUGAGGUUUAUCUUUGGCCUUUCUAUGAUGCAAUCAAAGCAGGUGCCGGCUCUGUGAUGGCAUCCUAUAACCGUAUUAACAACAGUUAUGCCUGUCAAAACAGUAAAGCCCUCAACGGCCUUCUGAAGACAGAGCUCGGAUUUGAAGGAUUCGUCGUUUCUGAUUGGGAUGCACAGCACACUGGUAUUGCAAGUGCCAAUGCUGGUCUCGACAUGGCUAUGCCAGAUUCUGUGUAUUGGGAGGACGGUCUACUCGAAGCUGUCAAAAAUGGAACUGUGUCUCAAGAACGUCUUGACGACAUGGCCACUCGUAUCGUUGCAGCGUGGUACAGAUUUGCUAGAUUCGACGACCCAGGUCACGGCUUGCCUUUGAGCAUUCUUGAGCCUCAUGAGCUUGUUGAUGCUCGUGAUCCAAACUCCAAGUCAACGAUCUUCCAAGGUGCCGUUGAAGGACAUGUUUUGGUCAAAAAUGUCGAUAGUGCCCUUCCUCUAAAGAAGCCAAAGUUCCUCUCGUUGUUCGGCUACGACGGUAUCGCUGCCGAAAUCAACAACCAAGGUGAGGGAUCACUGUCUCUUUUCAGUCUUGGUUUCUUAAACACCUUGCAAUACGAGAAUGGCACCAUUCUUGACCAUGAUAUCUUGAUGGACGUUUUCCUGUCGAGUUAUUCUGCCGGUUCGACAGGACCAGGUGUUGCAUAUAAUGGAACUCUUUUUACUGGUGGUGGAUCGGGUUCGAAUACUCCUGCUUAUAUUGACGCUCCUUUCAAUGCCUUCACUCAGAAGGCUUAUGAAGACGGAACCUUCUUGUCGUGGGACUUUUCCACUCCUGAGCCUCUUGUCAACCCAGCUUCGGAGGCUUGCAUCGUUUUCAUCAAUGCUAUGUCGACUGAGGGUUAUGACAGACCAUACCUUAGAGAUCCAUAUUCCGACAACCUAGUUGAAAGUGUUGCCGACCAGUGUGCAAACACAAUAGUUGUCAUCCACAACGCAGGAAUUCGUCUCGUUGAUGAAUGGAUCGACCAUGAAAAUGUCACUGCAGUGAUCAUGGCUCAUCUUCCUGGCCAGGACACUGGCCGCGCACUGGUUGAGGUUAUGUACGGAAAGCAGUCACCGUCCGGACGUCUCCCAUACACUGUUGCCAAGAACGAGUCAGAUUAUGGUUCUCUUCUCUAUCCAACCAGACCUGAAGGUGACCUUGAUCUUUACUUCCCACAGUCAAAUUUCACCGAGGGUGUCUACAUUGACUACAAGUCUUUUAUCAAAAGAAACGUGACUCCUCGUUACGAGUUUGGUUAUGGUUUGACUUACACCACCUUUGACUACUCCAACUUGGAGAUCCAAACGGUCACUUCUAACCACAGCUACCUUCCUCCAGACGAUAUUGUCCUCGAAGGUGGGCUUGCAUCUUUGUGGGAUAUUCUGGCUUCUGUCAAGGUCACCGUCACCAAUACUGGCGAUGUCGCUGCUGCUGAGGUUGCCCAGCUCUACGUUGGUAUUCCUCAUGGCCCUAAAAAGGUCCUCAGAGGAUAUGGCAAGCAAUCUAUUCAACCUGGCGAGUCUGCAGAGUACGUUUUUGAUCUCACUCGUCGUGACCUCAGCACUUGGGAUGUCAUUACUCAGAACUGGGUUUUGCAAGCCGGCUCUUACCCAGUAUACGUCGGCAAAAGUGUCCUCGAUAUCCAGCUGACCGGAAAAUUGGAGUUCACCAACUAG